AUGUCUUCAAUGCAUGGAAAAUUUAGAAUCACAAACCCUAUUAAUGAGUUUUAAGAAAGCAUGAGAAAAUUGGAUAAAAGUGCAUAAAAUUAAAAGUCAAAGAAAGAAUUUGAUGAGAGUUUUUUAUAUGCUUAACAUCAAAUAACUUCAAUAACCUUUAAGAAUACUUCAUCAACUAAAAUCUAAUGUUGUUCAAAGUUCAAUAAUAAUUGGAUAACUUAUUUGGAAAUGCAAAUAAGUGGAUCAAAUAAGAUAUCUAUGGGACAAUCAAAAAUUGUGUAUAGUUCUUUCUUGAAUUAGAAAAAUUAAUUACUCAAACAAAACUUGAUUUAUUCAAUUAGAAAUCUAUAAUUGAUCAAUUAUUUAGAUUAAUUAUUCUUCGAGUAAAAAGAUCAUUAAUAAAUGAGAUUUAUUCAAAUCAUUCUUAGAAACUUAGAAAUGUGA